AUGCAUCAAUCAAAAGUAUCAUCAAAUCGUUUAUAUUAUCCAUCAUCAUCACUUCAUCACUCAUCACAACAAGAUUCAACAUCAUUUCAUCGACAAUUUUCACUUCGACAACAAUUUCAUCAUAUCAAUAUUGUAGAAUUACUCCGUGAAUGUCAUAAAUUUUCACUUUACAAUUAUCGUGAGUAUUUCCUUCGACGUGUGCGCGAGGAGUUUCGACAGAAUCGACAAAUGCAAGAUUCAGCAAAGAUAUCAGAGUUAGUCCAACGUGGACAAGCGAACCUUGCUAUCAUACGGAGACAGGUACUCAUUGGAAAUCUCUACACACCAGAACAACGUUCGAUUAUUGAAAAUCAACAACGUUCGUCCACUUCUAGUUAA